UCGAACAGCGAGGAUCGUGCGCUCUCGUUCGCUCUCGCGUAACAGACCAUAGAGGAUUUGCAUUUCGCCUCAUCGAUAUCCUGUGGAUAACGAAAGGACUGACCGAGAUUUACUGGAGCACUAUCAGCGGGAUUGUUGUUUGCUCAGACCAGUUUCAGCUGUCGAACCGGUUGCAUUCUCGGUAGCCAUUUGUCCGCGCCUCACAUCACGGAUACGGAACAGUGAACUUGUGCUUGGACGAUGAAAAUAGCAGCGUGUUUUAGUUGAGUGCUUUUCUGUUGUGUGUGGAUCCUGAGCUGCAAGACUGCUCUUAAGUGGUCUGACAAAUAUAUCUACCCAUCUCUACAUGAAAUACACAGCGCACGCACUGGAUAACACAGAGUGUUGGAGCGAAGUGGAUAAAGGCAUCACAGUUCAGAGUGUGAAAACCCUACCAGCCUCUUGAAAUCUUGUAAUCAAUUGAAUUAAUUUCCCCAAACCGGAGUUUCGCCACCCGCAUUUGGCACCUUCCGGAGAACAUCUUGAACCAGAGACGAGUGGUGUUGAGUUUGUUGAGUGUGCUUCUGCCCCGUAUAUAUGAACAAACGGUGUACAUGUGCGAACUAAAUACCGGCGGAUGACUCCGGCAGAAGAAGGAAACUUUUAAUUUAAGUGCUAUUUGGUGUUGUGAGUUUCAAUUAAAGCCCGAGCAGUCUCGUGUGGGGCUAGCUGCAGUCGAUUCUAAUCUAGCAGCACCGAUAAAAGGAUCGCACCCGAAGUUGCUCGAGAGGCAGCACUUGAUCAACGCCAUCGCCAGCGGGCCACCGACAGGGCAACAUGGUUUAUUUCAGUCCACGUGGUAUGCAGCCGCCGUGUAGCCCACCAGGAUUGCCGAUCACAUCCAAAAGCCCAACCAUGGAGUCAGCGAACAACAACACCAAUAUCGAUCCGGUCGAGCCGGUUGACCAGAAGCCGAUCAAAAUGCAACGGACCAACGGAGGAGCGUUAAAGUUCUCCAUAGCCAACAUUAUGGGCCGAGACGACGAUGGAGACCGAGAGGAAGAUACGGAACCGCGAAGAAAAGAACGGCCAGCGCCGCCAGAAAGUCCACCGUCAGCUGGGUCCAGUCCCAGCUACGAACAAAUGAGUGUAAACGAAUCAGCUUUCAAAAAAUACGUACCUAGUUCCAUGCAUCAAUUUGUGGUCAACCGCCACCAAGAUCUACUAAGUCAAUAUCCUUUGCUUUACUAUCCGGGUCAAUUAAUGUGUGCCGCCGCCGCUGCGCAGUACGCAGCACUUGCCCAGCAUCCGGUUUCGUUAUUGAAUGGAUCUUCUUUACCAUCAGUAGCCAGUUCCAGCAGUGGCAGUGGCCCGUCGGCUUUGCAUGCCUAUGCACCGACGGCAAAUGCUCUGCGAAACUUAGAGGCUUCUUCAAUGUCACCACCACAGCACACUCUCAGUCAUCACAAGAAAGUUAAUCUAAACUCAUCAACGUCCUCAUCCGCGUCAUCCAGUGAUUUAAACAAUUCAACCAAUUCAACGAACUCGACCAAUGCAGUCUCGGCUGCAGCCCUCGCUAAGCAGAAGACAUUUGCUUGUCCUGAGUGCGGCAAAGUGUUCAAUGCUCAUUACAACCUCACCCGACAUAUGCCAGUCCACACUGGUGCUCGUCCUUUUAUCUGUAAAAUCUGCGGCAAAGGUUUCCGUCAGGCAUCGACACUGUGCCGACACAAGAUCAUUCACACGGCGGAGAAACCACAUAAAUGUCAAACCUGCGGAAAAGCAUUCAAUCGCUCCUCAACGCUGAACACCCACACUCGUAUUCACGCCGGUUACAAACCAUACGUCUGUGAAUACUGUGGAAAGGGCUUCCAUCAGAAGGGAAACUAUAAAAACCACAAGCUGACACACAGCGGAGACAAGGCCUACAAAUGUACCAUUUGCAACAAAGCAUUUCAUCAGAUCUAUAAUCUAACCUUUCAUAUGCACACCCACAACGAUAAGAAACCUUUCACGUGCAAAAUCUGCGCCAAAGGUUUCUGCCGUAACUUCGACCUUAAGAAGCACAUGCGAAAGUUGCACGAUGUCAGCGUCAGCUCCAGCUUGAAACGCCAGCAUCAUCACCACCUCCACCACCAUCAGCAACAGCAACAAUCUUCACAGCAUGCUUCGGACCACUCCCCACACAACUCAGCAGCCUGGCCAGGAGGACCCUCCUCUUCGGCCACCAGUUCCCUGGCAGCCCUAUCAGCCUCACCGCUCUCCACACUGUCCAACCUACACCACUCGGCGGUAGCUGCGGCAGCGCUGCGAUCCGGAGACUACACUAGCCCGUUCCUGAUGCCGAAUGCACGCGCAGCUCGGCUGGAUGCUCCCUUCAUCGGAAAGGUCUUCUGACAGAAGUACUACCAGCAUACCUUCGGCGGUGGUCAUCUACAUCCGCCGCCGCCGGGUCAGCCGCCAGCCGGAAUGAUCCAACAACCUGCGUCACCGCAGUCGCAACAGCCGCACCAGUUGACCGCUAGCUUGACCAAAAGCAUUCUGAUCAACUAACCGGGGACCAUUUCCGUGAAUUUUUCUCUCGGUUUUCCUUCGUCGGAAAAUUUAUCACUACGAGAAGAAAUUUACAACUAGGGAGAAAACAGUGCAAUAUGUGUAAAUGUAAUAACAUUAGAGGCUUUCAAUGGUGAGGCUGGAAUUCGAGCAAAGAUGCAAAUCAACGAAGAACAUUUUUUCAAAGUUGAGCCAGUGAUUUGAGUGAGUGAUCAACGUUAAAGUAAGAAUUAAAUGCUAAGGAUGUGGAAAAAUCGCGACAAACCCACGCAGACAGUGAUCGUUUAAACUUAUUCCAUCGUCUAGAUGUGUAAUUAUUAGUAGGGUAAUUGGGCGAAAACGGUGAAACCAUGUCGACACAACUCUAAUGCAACUUAUGCAGCAAACAAAUCAAUUGUAUCACAGAUAUAGAAGCUAGGAGUAAGGUUAGAAAAAACGAUUAAAGACGAAUUUAUUUGUAAACUUUAAACAUUUUAAAACGGAUUCUAGAAAUAUGUGUAAUAGAAUGUUUCCAUCCUUAUAAGAAAUAUACUAUAAUCGAAAUUAAAAA